AUCCAGUCGCCAUCAUGAUCAUCCACCGGGACCUCAUCAGCCAUGAGAAGAUGUUCUCCGACAUCUACAAGAUCCGGGAGGUCGAGGACGGCCUGUGUCUGGGGGUGGAGGGGAAGAUGGUCCGUAGCACAGGGGGUAACAUUGAUGACUCGUUCAUUGGUGGAAACGCCUCCGCUGAAGGCCCCGAGGGAGAAGGUAUGGAAAGCACAGUAAUCACUGGUGUGGAUAUUGUCAUGAACCAUCACUUGCAGGAAACCAGCUUCACAAAAGAAGCCUACAAGAAGUACAUCAAGCACAUCCUUGCUAAUUUCAAAAACGAUCAGUUCUUUAUUGGUGAAAGCAUGACUCCAGAUGGCGUGGCUGCUCUGCUGGACUACAGUGAGGAUGGUGUGACCCCGUGUAUGAUUUCCUUUAAGGAUGGUUUAGAAAUGGAAAAAUGUGUGGAUGAGAUGGCCCAGGGAGCGGGGAUAGAGCGAGAGGAAGACGGGGCCUGGCAGACGGGGCAAUGUUUCUUCAACUGCUUUGAUGACAUGCAAAGGCAUAAAGAGGCCAAACGCUGGUUUCUGUGGUUUGAGUCUCCCGAGUGCUUCAGGGAGACUUCACCGGGAUCAGGAAUCGGCACUGCUGACAUGGAGAGUGGUGCUCUCCAGAUGGGCACCUUCAACAGUGAUGGGGCUGAUGGCAAGGCCAUUCCUAGAGCCCUGGUGGGCAGAUGCUACCAGGUGGGACUCCUGAAGCCCGAGGGCAAGGGAAUGGCACAGGGCACCCAGAGUUAG